AUGCCUACUAUUGGUGUUAAACGAAGUUUACUUUUUAAUGAACUUGGUCAAAAAUUUACUGAUGAAGAAUUUGAUCAAUUAUGUUUUGAUUAUGGAUUGGAAUUAGAUGAUAUUGAACCUUUACCAGAAACAAAUGGUGAAGAUGUAGAAUAUAAAAUUGAAAUUCCAGCCAAUCGUUUUGAUAUUCUUUGUUUGGAAGGUUUAAGUCGAGGAUUAAAAAUCUUCUUACAAAAAGCUGAAAUGCCAAAAUUUCAUAUAUCAAAUCAAAAAUUAAUUCGAAUGAAAGUUUUACCAAAUACUAAACGUAUACGUCCUAUUGUUGUUGGUGCAGUUCUUCGUAAUAUAACAUUUAAUACCGAUAGUUAUAAUAGUUUUAUAAAAUUACAAGAUAAACUUCAUUUAAAUUUAUGUCGAAAUCGAACCUUAGUUGCUAUAGGAACACAUGAUCUUGAUACAAUUAAACCACCAUUUAUAUAUGAUGCUCGUGAACCAAAACAAAUUAAAUUUCGUUCAUUAAAUCAAAAAGAUGAAAUGCGUGCUGAUGAAAUGAUGGAAUUUUAUCUUAAAGAUACGCAUCUUAAACGUUAUGUAUCAAUUAUUCAAGAUUCUGAUGUUUAUCCAGUUAUUUAUGAUUCAAAUAAUGUUGUUUUAUCACUUCCACCAAUAAUUAAUGGUGAUCAUAGUAAAAUAACUGUUCAAACAAAAAAUGUUUUUAUUGAAUGUACUGCUGUGGAUUUACAUAAAGCAAAUGUUGUACUUAAUAUUAUGGUAACAAUGUUUGCUCAAUAUUGUAGUAAACCAUUUGAAAUUGAAUCAGUAGAAGUUGAACAAGUCGAUGGAAAAGUAAUUGUAUAUCCGGAUUUAAAUGAUCGAGUUCAAGAUAUAUCAGUAAAAAAAAUUAAUCAACGUAUUGGCAUACAAGUCGAUGCUGAAAAAACAGCAGUACUUUUAAAUCGAAUGUGUCUUGGAACGAAAAUUAUUGAUUCUGAUACAAUACGUGUUAAUAUACCUGUAACACGAGCGGAUAUUCUUCAUUUUUGUGAUAUAGCUGAAGAUUGUGCCGUAGCAUAUGGUUUUAAUAAUAUUCGUAAAACAGUUCCACAAACAAGUUGUAUUGGAAAUCAAUUUGAACUUAAUCGAGUAUCUGAUCUUCUUCGACAUAGUGUUGCUGAAUGUGGUUUUAUAGAAGCAUUAACAUUUACAUUAUGUUCAUGUCCUGAUGUUGCAGAAAAAUUUGGAAAAAAUAUUGAAAAUAUUCCUGCAGUACAUAUUGCAAAUCCAAAAACCCAAGAUUUUCAAAUUGGUCGUACAUCACUUUUACCAGGUUUAUUAAAAACAAUUGCAAAUAAUCAAGGUACUGCAUUACCUAUUCAAUUAUUUGAAGUAUCUGAUGUUAUUCUUAAAGAUUCAACACGAGAAACUGGUUGUCGAAAUGAACGACGUUUAUGUGCAAUUUUUUAUAAUAAAACACCAGGUUUUGAAACAAUUCAUGGAUUACUUGAUCGAAUUAUGACAUUAGUUAAAGUACCAUAUAAUGAAAAUAGAACUAAUGAUAAAGGUUAUUAUUUAAAUAAUCAAUGUGAAGAUAGUGCAUUCUUUCCUGGUCGUCAUGCACAAGUCAUUGUUGGUGGUGAAAAUAUUGGUGUUGUUGGUGUUCUUCAUCCUAAUGUUAUUGAACAUUUUGGUUUAAAACUUCCUUGUUCUAUACUUGAGAUAAACAUUGAACCAUUUGUUUAA